CUGGACGGCGGAAACCUGGUCCCGGCCGCUGUUCCCGCUGACCUGGAUCCAGCCCAUUCCCAGCCCAGGUUUUUUCUUGUGGAGGACACCUGCUUUUUCUUUAUGUGCGUGCGCGUGCCGGCAGUGGUACGGCGUUGUUUGUAGCAGAGUAAGCAAACGGACUCCAUCGCUGCUAGAGCAGUUUAACUUGCUGACGCUAAAGAGAUCAGAGGUGGUCCCGCAGUACGUAGGCAUCAAGGCGUCAGUCAUGGCGGGCGGAGAGAGUGGUAAGGUGGAGGAUCAUGCAUCGACGACUUCAGCUGCAGCUGCCGAGGAAGAGGAGAGAACCCCGGAAGAGGAGGAAGACACGGGAGCGAACUUCGCUCCCCUUGUCAAGCUGGAAGAGGUGGCAGUAAGCACAGGAGAGGAGGCUGAAAACACCUUGUUUGAGAUCAAAGCGAAGUUGUACAGGUUCGACAAGUCGAGAAGCGAGUGGAAAGAGCGUGGAGUCGGGCAAGUUAAGUUGCUGGAGCAUAAGGAGACGAAGAAAAUCCGCCUGCUCAUGAGGCAGCAACGCACGUUGAAGAUCUGUGCGAAUCACGGUGUGUCACCAAGCAUUACGCUUCAAGAACAUGCGGGAAGUGACAAGUCCUGGGUGUGGCAUGCUAUCGAUUUCGCAGACGGAGAGCAGAAGGACGAGUUGUUCGCCAUGCGAUUUGGCAGCGUUGAGAGUGCCGAGAAGUUCAAGAACGCUUUCGAAGAGGCGCGGUCAACGAUGUGCGAAUUAUUGGGGGUGAAAGCUGAAAACCAGGAGCAGGAGGACGAGAACGAGGAGGAAGACAAGGAAGAAGAGGAGGUGGAGGGGGGGUUCACGGUUGUAAAAGGGAUGGAGAAGCUCAAGGUGGAAGAUGGGAAGGACGCGAAAGAUGCGGAGGAGGCUGCGAAGCAGCAAGAGACCGUAUGAACAGGUGACUGUAUUUACUACCGAGUUCUAUUGUUCGAGCUUGAAGGAAGAAUGACGUGAUGUCGAGCGGCAGGCGAAAGUGGCUGCCUAAAGAACCGAGCUCGGACCGAUCUGCCAUCUUCUGAGCGCAUCAUGGCCGCAGGCUGUUGCGCGCGCACUUAUAUUUCGAUUGGGCAAUUAUGACUGUGGAGCGUAGCGUGGGGCUGUGCUCGAUCCAAGGCUUGCGCAUUCGGUCGUUACCUGUCCUGCGUGUCCUUUGCUUGCUCACUGGGAAUAGUCGGCGGAUGGCCUUGUUUUUAAGAUAUGGUGUUCGUCAUGUUAUUGGAUGGAGAACGUGGGCAAAUGGCGAUCGCAGAGGUGAGAUGCAGGGGGACGUCUGCUGAAGUCGUGGCCAUCGGUUUCCUUGGAAUCUUUGUUCUGCAGCUCCGGUGAUGGUCUUUUCCUUUCUUUGGUCACGUGGGUGAAAUCUAUCCAGUAAUCUCCGUUCUUUAUCCUCGCGUUCCUGCUGUUAGGGUUAGCGGUCUUUGAUCUCUUAGGAAGCGCAUAGCGUAUCAAUUCCCUCGGAGUUUGCUGUUUCUGUAUCUCUUUCGUUCUUAAGGGUGAUAUGUUCAAUCGGUUUUCUCUUAGUUGGCUCUCUUCGCAUUUCAGCUCUCGUUGGGGUGAUAGAUUAAGGAGCUUUUGUUUGAAAUCAAUGUGUGCCGGCCAUCAGCCUGCUAUGUGUUUGAGAGAGAUUUUCCGUCUCGGAAAACGGAGGAAAUGCCAUUGGAAGGGCAGACUGCAAUUGAUGAGGACGAGCGGGAUAGGUAGAGAGUAGAGUUUCGAUCGUCCUCUUCAGCUUGUGAUGUCUUGACGUGUUCUUGUUCUGUUUUUUUUUUGUUUUGCCCGACUCGCUUUGUCAUUGAUUGUGCGAAGACUCGAAAGCGGAUGAGUUUCAAAUUUGUUGCCGUCUAUAAUAUGUCAAGCAAGUGAAGUGGGUGGAAUAUGCAUCAAGGGUCUCCGGUCGAGUCCGUUUGGGGGGCCUCUGGGUCGAGGACACGGUUUUUUUCAACGGUAAUGUUUUUUUGAUUUGUCAAUGAGCUUGUUAUGUGCAUUACUGAGUGAUCUUAUACGCAAACCGGCUGAUGGCUGUUUCGUGCAAUUAAUGUUGUGAUAGAAAUCGAGCACGAACUGUAUUGUUAUGGUCCUUGUCCUCGCCGCUGGUUUGAUCUUUGAGUCUUAUCGACGCUGUUUGCACUUUCCGGUCUGAAGUUCCUGUUGUCAUGGUCCCAGUAUAUGCAAGGAUCUUACCAUGUAUAUGCAAGGAUCUUGUCAUGACGGUCAGAAGGUUCCCAAAAG